UGGGAAAGAGGGCGGUGUUCGGGGAAGCUGGCUGGUGCAGGCACUCGGAAGUGCCGAGAGAGGGGUGUUGGGAACUCGUGGCGCGCGUGAACGUCGCGGUCGCCGCCGCCCGGGACAGCCCCGGAGAGCAUGAAGAGGAACUGGACCAGGAAUUUGAGUUGGAGGCUGACGCUUUCUUUGGAGGACUAAAGAAGGACCCAACCGAUUUUGAGUGGAGCUUCUGGAUGGAAUGGGCGAAGCAGAGACUGGUGUGGCUCUUCCUUGGCCAUAUGGUAGUGUCUCAAAUGGCCACACUGCUUGUAAGGAAGCACAGACCCUGGAUUCUCAUGGUCUAUGGGAUGUGGGCCUGCUGGAGUGUGCUGGGGGUCCCUGGUGUGGCCAUGGUGUUCCUGCACACCGUCAUCGCCUUCUGUGUGGCCCAGUUCCGGUCGCUGCUCCUGUCAUGGCUCUGUUCUCUCCUGCUGCUCUCCACACUGAGGCUGCAAGGUGUAGAGGAAGUUAAGAGAAGGUGGUACAAGACAGAURAUGAGUACGACUUGCUGCACUUCACGCUGACGGUUCGCUGCCUGUGCUACACCAGCUUCAGCCUCGAGUUCUGCUGGCAGCAGCUGCCUGCAGCCCGGGCCUCCUACUCCUUCCCCUGGGUGCUGGCCUAUGUCUUUUACUAUCCGGUCUUCCACAACGGGCCCAUCCUCACCUUCCCGGACUUCGUCAAACAGAUGCAGCAGCAAGAACUCCCCUCCCUGAGGGACAGCCUCUAUGUCCUUGUCCGGGGCCUGGGCCGCCUUCUCUGCUGGUGGGGGCUGGCUGAGCUGAUGGCUCGCCUCAUGUACAUGCAUGCCAUCUACAGCAGCAUCCCCCUUCUGGAGACUGUCUCUUCUUGGACCUUAGGAGGACUGGCGUUGGCCCAAGUGCUCUUCUUCUAUGUGAAGUACUUGGUGCUCUUUGGUGUCCCGGCUCUGCUCAUGCGCCUGGAUGGACUCAACCCACCGCCCCUCCCCCGCUGCGUGAGCACCAUGUUCAGCUUCACCGGGAUGUGGAGGCAUUUUGAUGUUGGACUACAUAAUUUCUUAAUCAGGUAUGUGUACAUUCCACUGGGUGGGUCCCAGCAUGGCCUGUUGUGGAUGCUCUUUUCCACUGCAAUCACGUUUGCAUUUGUGAGCUUCUGGCAUGGUGGUUAUGACUACCUCUGGUGCUGGGCAGCACUCAACUGGCUGGGAAUCACCGUGGAGAAUGGAGUCCGGAGGCUGGUGGAGAAGCCCUGCAUCCGGGACAGUUUGGCUCGACACCUCUCCCCACAAGCUCGCCGUCGACUGCAUGCUGCCCUUGCGUCUUGUGCCACCUCAAUGCUGAUCCUGUUCAACCUGGUGUUUCUUGGGGGMAAUCAAGUUGGGAAAACCUACUGGGAUAGGAUCUUCAUACAAGGCUGGCCGUGGGUGACCCUCUCUGUCCUGGGAUUCCUGUAUUGCUAUUCCCAUGUGGGCAUUGCCUGGGAACAGACAUAUACCAUGGACUAGUGCCACCAGGCCCAGGCCAACAUCCAAAGCAAAUGGUACUUCACCGUGACCUCUUACUCUAAGAUAAUCUCCAAGGGAUUAUCUCCUGCUCAUCUUCUGUUGAAGAUACCUCACUUCAAGACUGGCAGCUUAAGCUCUCAUAGAAAUUUUACAACCAGACUAUCUUCUGACUUCUG